UUCCGUGUGAGGUAGUGUAACAGCCGGGUGUGGAUUUUUCUUGUCUAGUGAAAUAAACAUUCAUUUUCCCUUGCCGUCGCGUUGGCGACUGAAAAGGAUUCUAGAAGAGAAAGAACCGUCCACCAAGAACAGAAGAAAGGCCGUAAAUCAAGAAGAAAACCAAGAAAUGACGGUGCACCAGCCCGCCGAGAGACGCGGGUGAAUACUCUACCUCGGGAGCUCAGGUCGACUUCUCGCGUAAUGCCAUCCGACGCCUCAACAAGGACGUCUUAGAAGGUCUCGAGGACGACCUGCUGGACCUCCGCCUCGACCACAACCUCCUCGGGAACAGCUACAACCCGAUCUUCGCCUCACAAGAAAUCGCCAAGCUGACGGCCCUGCAGGACAACAUCAGGAGGUCCUCCUUCGCCGCCACCCCCGGCCUGGUCUUCCUCAACGCCUCCCACAACAGGAUAGUCAACCUCGAGGAAGACGGUUUCCAGGAGUUGACAGAGCUGAUCACCCUCGAUCUCUCGUUCAACAGAUUAUCCAGCCUGAGAGCCGGCGCCUUCCGGGGUCUCGUCAAGCUGGAGGAGCUCGACCUGUCCUCCAACUUCCUGACGGAGGUCCCCGCCGACGCCCUCAAGGAACUGGCUAGCCUCAGGACGCUGGUGCUCCACGACAACCUGAUCCAGAACCUCGGGGGCGUGGUGGCUCUGGGUCCCAUGGUCAGCCUGCAACAACUCGACCUCACGAGGAACAACAUCGGCGAGCUCCCGACGGGCACCUUCAGGCAGCUCACGGGCCUCAAGACGCUCAAGUUCGCUGUCAACUCCAUCAGGAAGGUCGAGGACGACGCCUUCGAAGGCCUCGAGUCCCUGGAAACCCUCCAGCUGGACGACGACAACAUCCUCUCCAUCCCGUGGGUCGCGCUGGCAAAGGUGCGGAAGCUGACGUCGCUCACCCUGGACUACAACCGCGUGGGCGUGAUCUCCUCCAGCAGCCUGCAGACGGUGACGGGCCUCCACCGCCUCUCCAUCGCCCACAACAUCAUCCGUGAGCUCCCUCAGGGCACCUUCACCAACUUCACCGACCUGCAGAGCCUGAACCUGUACGGAAACAAGCUCCAGAACCUCAUCCCCGAGAGCCUGCUGGGCCUGCGGGAGAGCCUCAAGGAGCUCAACCUCGGCCUGAACCUGCUGAGCGAGCUGCCGCAGUUCGACUUUCCGCUGCUCGACACGCUGGUGCUCUCCAGGAACAACAUCAGCGCCCUGCCGUCCGACGCCUUCGUUCUCCUGCCCGAACUGCGCACGCUCGACCUCAGCCACAACCACCUGACGAGCCUCCCCGUCACCCUGCUGCACCCCGUGUCCAAGCUGUCCACGCUCGACCUCAGCGCGAACCGCAUCGAGGAGAUCAAGGCCGGCCAGUUCAACGAGUCCUUCAUCAACGUGAUCAAUCUCCAACACAACAAGAUCAUGGAGAUCCCGCGAGAUUCCUUCAAGGACUUGCUCUUCCUGCACACCCUCGACCUGAGCCACAACGUCAUCAGGAGCGUGGGCGAGGGGGCGUUCCUUAACAUUCCCCUGUUGCACAUCCUGCGCCUCAACAACAACAUGCUGCCGUCCUUCAAGCAAAAGUACUUCCGGCUGACGAUUCCCGCGGAAGGAACCGAGCUGAGGAUCCUGGACCUGAGCCACAAUGACAUCACGUUCCUCCAGCCGCAGGCCUUCCAGCUGCACCCGAAGCUCGCAUGGCUCAGCUUCGCCCACAACCGCCUGUCCUUCUUCCCGGCCGAGAUCGUGCAGGAGUUGGCGCAGCUCGAGCACCUUGACGUCGAGAGCAACGCCAUCAAGAGCCUCGAGAGCAGCGACUUCGCCAACUCGCCGCGCCUCCGAGAGCUCAACCUGCAGAGCAACGGCAUCGAGACCAUUGCCGAGACGGCCUUCCAGAACUCCUCCCAGCUGCAGGACCUCAACCUCAGCCACAAUAACAUCGAGCAGCUUCCCGCGGACGUGUUCCUCGGCAUCGCGCGGCUGCACCUGGACCUGAGCCACAACAAGCUCUCCUCACUGCCGGAACUUAUCUUCCAGAGGACGAAGAUUGAGAAGCUCCAGUCGGUCAACCUCGCGCAUAACAUGUUCACCCAGGUGCCGGUCAACACUCUCCGCCAGCAGUACUUCUUCCUUAGCGACCUCAAUAUGUCGAACAAUAAGAUUGAGAGCGUGCCCAGCAAUGCGGAUAUUUUGGUGAAUAUCAAGAAGCUCGACCUGUCAUACAACCCGCUGAAUCAAGAGGCCAUUUUCAUCCUUCUGAACGAACCCAAGACAGUGAGGCACCUCAACCUGGCUGGCACGAAUGUGACAGAUGUGCCAGUCAUUGAAGCUCGCUUCCUCUUGUCACUCAACCUUUCUGACAAUAACAUUGUAGAAAUCAAAGAAUCUGUGUUUGAGCUGACACAGAAUCUGCAGGUACUAGACCUGUCCCAUAACGAGAUUCCAAACCUCAGCUACGGCCUUGCUCGUGCCUCGCCUAAGAUCCCUGACCUGAGAGAGCUUGACAUCUCGCACAACCCUCUGGCAUACAUCGUCCGAGGAGACUUCAACUACAUGGGCAACCUCGAGGUCCUGCGGGUGGCUCACCUUCCACGUGUCAACCGCAUAGAGCGAGCCGCGCUGACGUCCCUGCGCUCCCUCCGUGAGCUGCAUCUCCACACUCUGCCGAUGCUGGCCGUGCUGGACGUCGGGGGGAUCCUCGAGGGUCUUCCGGGGAUGGAGGUCGUGGACAUUGAGCUGACCAGCAAGGAGGUUCAUGACCAGCUCCAUCCUGCCUUUUACCCGCGUCUCAGGAGCCUCACCGUCCGUGGCCGCUCGGUGGAGGCGCUCUCUGCCGGGGCCUUCGCUGGCAUCAACAGCCCUGAGCUCACCAUCGGCAUCGUCAACACCAGCGUCAGCAACCUGGGCUCCAACAUCUUCUUCCCCGUGCCGAUGUCGUCGAAGAUCUCCCUCGAUGUGUCCCACUCUGGCAUCACGUCACUGAGUCCGCAGUUCCUGAACACGCUGGACUCCCGGCAGCGCCACCUGGAGCUCGAAGGCCUCACGUCCAACCCGAUCUUCUGCGACUGCAAUAACCGAGUCCCUCCGGCCGCUGGCUGGUCGAGCGCGGACCCAGUGACGCCCGUCUACAACGCCUCCUGCUCGGGCCGCCGUCCCUUGAGGGGGUCGUCCUCACGCACGCUCAAGGAGGAGGACCUCACGUGUCAGGGCCGCCCCACCACCACCACCACCGACCUCCCACUCUUCACCACGACGCGCCGACGACCCACGACCACCGACAACAUCAUCACCUUCGAGGACAUGACGGGGCGCCCGAAUGACAGGCACAACGAGAUCGACGGCAAGCUGAGCAAGCCCGCGCGCGCCGGCGGCCUCACCAACAUGGACCCGUCAUUCAUCGGCAUCGUGGGCGGCGUCGUGGCCUUCGUGGCGCUGCUCAUCAUCAUCAUCUGCCUCAUCAGACUCCGCUCGGACGCGCAGUACCGCGGCGGCCCCUGCGGGACCGCUGGCAUGCGGCAGCAACGCAACUGCACCUGCCUCAAGCCCCCGCACCUUCCUAGCAGCUGGGGGGGCUACCCUGGACCCUACCCCACCCUUCCGCCUCCCCCCUCCUCGCCCGGCACCCUCAAGAUGAUGCCCCCGCCCACCACGCCCAUCCCGCCCGCCUACGGCACGGUAGGCGCGCACAGCGGACGCAGCUACUACCCAGCCAACAACCCCUACUACAUGGGCUACCCUCCCGAGAGCGAACACGACCACCGAUAGUCGUUCCUCGCCGGCCUAGACGACAACGAUUACUGUGCCUGAUGCCGCCGCGGCCCCGUGCUCGCGGCGGACGUCUCCUCCUCGACGAAAUAAGUUUUUUUUUUGCCCUGCGACGAAGACCUCCUUCUCCUUAACCUCGGGGAUGAAGGAAGACAAACGGAAGACCAAAUCUCUUUGAAACGACGAAGAAAAGGAAAGUGGAAUAAGUGCAGAAAGAAUAAAUAGACAACGAAAGAUGAAGGAAUACUCUCACAAAAAAGAAAAAAGAGAAAACAAAAGAACACGAAUCUGACCUAGAUCGGUUGGUACAAUGGCCUUGUUCAGGGAAGACUCCUGCGGUCUCCCUCACUUCCUUUUCCUCAAGACGUUUCUCUCCAUUCUUUAUAGAUUCUCCAUGGUUAUCAAAACGGGGCAAAAUCUCUUGUAUAUAUUUAAUGUUAGUGUUAAUGUUUCUUCUUAUUUAGAGUUAUAGUUAACUUUUUUAUAUAUAGAUAAAGUAUAUAAAUAUAUGCGUGCGUGUAUCAGGUUGUAGAGAUGUGCCUAAGAUGCGGUUCAUUGUUAUAGUAUGGUAUUGCUAUUAUUGCAAAUAUUUCCCCCCAAAAUAUACCGCGCUCGCACAGAUUGUUUUUGUUUAUCUCCGUGUGCAAUUGCGAUGAUGCGUAAGACGUUUGUGAGUGAGAGACGUGUUCAUUCAUGAAUAUUUCUGCUUAAGUGAAUGGGAACGAGAUUUCAUUCGUGAAUAUUUCUGACGUAUGUAAGAGAAACGAGCUUUCAUUCAUAAAGAUUUCAGAUGUUAUGAAUGGGAACAGAGUUUCAUUCAUAAUUAUUUCUGACACUGUGACGUCGGGACUUCAGUUUCAUUCGUAAAUAUUUCAAACGUUGUGAAUGGAAACCGGGUCCCGUGCACAAACAUUUCUGAAUGACGCAAAGUGUGAAGGAGAAAUGCUAAUCACUAGCUUGUAAAUACAGUAAGUGGGAGUCGGUGGUGCUGUGUGCAUGUUGUGUUGUACAUCAGAACAAGGUGUAAUUUUUUCUUUUUUUAAAUUUUUUUUGUUUUCGUUUUUAACGUUGCAAUACUCCGUAGUACAAAACUAAAAGGAACUGAACAAAGGCAUGAAGAAUAAGGAGAACAUGCAUAAGACGAAGAAAAUUGAAACGACCUGAAUCAUAUCAAUACCAAGGAAAAUACGAAACAUAAGGAGCAUGAAACCACUAAAAACGUUUAAAUCAUUAACAUUAUUUAUUAUGAAAAUUAAAGGUAUUCCCAUACUAACCUAUUUAUUUAAAUUAUUAAUAUAAGAAAAAAGUAUAGUUAUAAACCACAAUACUAUUUCUCUCGCUUUUUUUUUUUUUUUUUUUUUGAAAAAUCAUACACAUUUGACUGUAAUUAUAAGUUAAUCUAAUUGUUUUGUUUCUUUCGAUUUUUUUCUCGAAAAAAACAGCAAAAGACAAAAAAAAAAUAUUUGCAUAAUUAAGGAAGUGGAACAAUAUUUCCUUAAUUAUAUGCAUGAUGAUCACAAA